GAUCUGGUCGACACUGCCAAACAUCGAGAAGCUCCGCAAGCCCUUGAACUUGAAAGCUGCUAAAGCAGCCUUUGCCGCAAGGAACAAGAAGCUUCAGAUCGUCACACGAAAAGUGAACUCGAAAGGAAAGAAGACUGUGGUGUCUUGGCUUCGUUACUUUAAAUCUAUGCCGUCUGCUGUCCACAUCCAGCACAUAUACUAA